CGGUAUACUGUAGUUCCAGUCCCACCGCAGCAGUGCUCAGAGAUGGUAGUGUGAGUGAAAAGGAGAGGGAGUUGGAGAUUGAGAGGAGGUGUAAAGGAACGUAAGCGGGUAACACACACAAAUGAGAGAGAGAGUGAAAGAGGGGGCAGAGAGAUAUAGGGAGCGAAAGAGAACUGCGAUAUCCGCCAACCCUCCCUUGCGCUAGGUUCUUGAUUACUGUCAAACGCGCACGCCAUUCGGAAAUCACUCCUGUGGCAGCCAGGAUGAGUUCGUGCAGUAGCAGAGCGCUGACCAUCCUGUCCACGGUGUUUGGGGCGUGUGGUCUGCUGCUGGUGGGUGUGGCUGUGUCUACAGACUACUGGCUGCUAAUGGAGGAAGGCAUCGUGCUGCAGCAGAACCAGAGCAUGGAGGUCAAGAUGGCCCUGCACUCUGGCCUCUGGAGGGUCUGCUUCGUGGCUGGGACGGAGAAUGGGAGAUGUGUGGCAUCAGAGUAUUUCACUGAGCCAGAGAUAGAGAUCACCACAGAGAAUACUGCUAAUAUUCUGAAGAUGGUGCGGACGGCCACUCCGUUCCCCAUGGUGUCUCUGCUCUUCGUCUUCACGGCCUUUGUCAUCAGUAACAUCGGACACAUCCGGCCCCAGCGCACCAUCCUGGCCUUCAUCUCUGGCAUCUUCUUCAUCCUCUCAGGACUGAGUCUGGUGGUGGGGCUGGUGCUCUACAUCUCCAGUAUUAAUGAUGAGGUGAUGAACAGACCGAGGGAGCCUGAACAGUUCUUCAACUACCACUACGGCUGGUCGUUUGCCUUCGCAGCCUCCUCCUUCCUACUCAAGGAGGGGGCUGGGGUGAUGUCAGUCUAUCUGUUUAUGAAGCGUUAUGCUGAGGAGGAGAUGUACCGCCCCCACCCAGCCCUCUACCGCCCCCGCCUGUCUGAGAGCAGCGACUACAGCGGCCAGUUUCUCCACCCUGAGACCUGGCCUCCUCCUAAGAGGGGCCGCAGCGACUCCCGGGCCUCCAGCGACAUCUCCAUCCAGAUCAACCAGACCCCCCCGCAGCCCACCAAAAACAACCCCCAGCAGGGCAACCAAGGUGGGGGCAUGGGGUCUAACAUGGGCCCUGGGUCUGGGUCUUCCUCCGGAGCAAGCUACCAGCUGCCCCAACCAUCUGGGGCCUACAACACCCACACACUCCAACACCAACACUCACACGGUAACUCCCAGGCCAUGGCCAUGCCCCCUUCGACCGGGCCCCCUCACUACCACACACACAUGCACAUGGGCGCCUCCCCCUGUUAGAGAGAGGAAGCGCAAGGGAGAGGGGUGCGCUGAUGGUGGCCUAUCACUCCCAUAGACACAUACACAUUUAUGAUGAAAAAAAGAUACAGUAUAUAUAUAGAGAGAGUAAAGCUAUAGGGGGAGA